AUGGGUUGCAGUUUGGUCGGCAGUCACAUCAGUCGUGUGAUUCAAGAAUAUUAUAAGGAUGGCAUUCUGAACACUACGAAUCGUUAUUGCAGUCGUCAGUGUACCCCGUAUGACAACAUAUUAUCCGGUUCGGGUGGGAGACAGGCCUGUUGUAAGAAAGAGGGCUGCAACAUGAACUGGGAAACAGCUCGGGGUGAUACACAGGAAAUUCCCAACGUCGAUUAUUUGAAACCCGUACCAAUGGAGAAAUCCUCGGCAACAACAAGUGUACUCAGUACAAAACCUGUCACUAUUGGAAUUGAUUCCGUUUGUCUGGUGGGAGCUCGGAUGAUUGAGGAUAAAUAUUUUGAAGAAACCGGUCAAGGUGGAUUGAUUAGCUAUACUGUAUUGGUAAACAAGGGUUUAGUCGGUAGCCAAGUGGUUAAUUGA